AGGAGUGUAGAGACCGGGAGACGGAGACAGACGGAGAACUCCAGCAGUCUCUCAGAUCUUAGCUGUGGUGAGGACGCCCGGCUGAAGAGCAUUCCUGAGGCGGCCGGAGACGAGAAAGAAAAAAGGCAGCAGAGGAGGCAGAGAGCUGAGGACAAGGAGUCGAGACAUCCUCCCUUUAAAAGCGUCUUCGUGACCACGUCUGACCUCGCGUUCGCUCGUUCGUUCACUCAUUGCCUCGCACAACAGCCGCACAACCGGCUCAGUCAGGAGUAAAGGAUUCCCCCCCACGAGUGAGACGGAGGAAAUUUGAAUCUUUGUAUUCGAGCCAGGGCCAUGCAGCCGUGAGCCCAGUGGAUCUAAGCUGAAGUGAUCCGUACUGAAGAGCGUCGCGCCCCCCCUCGCCCCCUCGCCCUGCCCUGCCCUGCCCUGCCCUGCCUGGUCCCAGAUGGAGCUCAAGGUGUGGGUGGACGGAGUGGUGCGGGUAGUGUGCGGCCUGUCUGAGGAAACCUCCUGCCAGGAUGUGGUCAUUGCUCUGGCACAAGCCAUCGGUCAGACAGGUCGGUACGUUCUCAUCCAGCGUCUCAGGGACACAGAGAGGCAGCUUCUGGCCACGGAGAAGCCUCUGGAGUCUCUGGCGAAGUUAGGUCAGCAUGGCAGCGAAGUCCAGUUCUUCCUGCGUCGCACCGGACCGAGCAGCAGCGACGGGCCCAGCCCGAAAAAAGAAAGACAGACUCCGCUCCCGCUGCCGGCGCAUCCCGAGCCGGAGCCUCCCAAACGCCAGCCUAAGAAAGCCUUAACCUUUAACCUCGGCCCGUCGACUUCGCCCAACUCCAAACACUUUAAGAGGUCUCCUCGGGACUCCCCCGAGCAAAGAGCCUCCCCCUCCCCGUCACCCGGCCUUGUAUCCCCUUCUCCUUCCCCACCCAUAGGCCCUUCCAAAGAUGAGGUCUUCCGGAAAGUCCUCCAGCAACAGGAGCGGCUGAGGGCCAUGGAGGCCCAGCUAGAAACCCUAGACAGGGAGUCGCACACCUGGGACCGGCCCCACGCGUCCCCGUGUCCCUCCCCGGUCUCCGACGGCCGCCUGCAGGAAGAGGCGGACGCUCUGGAGAUGGCGAUGCGGAGGAACCAGGCGGAGCUCGCCCACGAGCAGUACUGGGAGGAGGAGUUCCAGGCGGAGCUGGAGCGGGAGCGAGGGAUGAGGAGGAAGCUCGGGGAGCUCCACGCCAAGCUGGACGACUGCGGCCGGCGGCUCCACGAGUUCUCGGUCCGCUCUGCUCAGCUGGAGCAAGAGAUCCAGCGCGAAAGCCAGGCCGAGGGCAAAGGCGACGGGCCCGAGGAGUCGCUGGACGCCGUGAAGACGGAGCUCUGGAGCCAGGAGAGGCACGGCACGGAGAUGGAGGAGCAGCUCUCCGAGACGGAAAAGGCUCUGGGGAAGGCGGAGUCUCUGCUGCAGGCCAGACAGGAGGAGCUGGAGGAGCUGAACAAGGAGCUGAGGCAGUGUAACCUGCAGCAGUUCAUCCAGCAGACGGGCGUCCUGCCGACGCACACCCACUCGCGCACGGACCUUCACGAGCAGCUGGAUCAGCUGGAGCUGGCCCAGUUUCUGGCGCCGGACGACGGACACAGGAACGGAAGUCGCAGCGAAACGCCGGUGGAAUCCCCCCCGAGGCCCACGGCCAAGCAGUUCCUGGGACACCCCCGAAACCUGCAAAACCCUCUCGUGUCCAGCCUCAACCCUGAGGUCCUCACAUCCAGAGAGUCGUCAUGGAGAUAAAACACGGACCACAGGGCCGAGGGAAAGUUGUUUUCACCGUCACCUCUUUAUUUAACCCUUAAAAUAACACUUUUAUUCAUCACCUGUCAUGAUAUUGUAUAUACGUUAAGACAAUAUAUAAAUAUAUAAAUAUAUAUAUUUACAGAGUUUUCCUACUGUAAACACUGCAAAGUAUGUGUAUGAACUUAAGAAAAAAAUAAUGAUUUAGGAACCUUUGACCAUAGAAGAAAGUAUGUAUUUAAAUAUAAUAAAAUGUGCACUCUGUUUUA